GAGAGCCAAAGCCAGCCGAAGCCUGGAAGCCCGUUGCUUGUUGAAUGUCUCCGUAGAUCCAGGUUGUAGCUUCAAUAUGCUGCCUCUCGUCCUGCUGCCAUGGCUGGCAGCGGCCAGUCCGCAGCUGAUCCGAAAGCAUCCGCCGCAUCACGUGCUGAGCGUAGCCGCCCACGGGGAGUUGAAUGAAGAGCGAGCUCCUACAGGCCACAAGUACCGGCAUCUGGCUGGCCUGAGCGCGGCCUUUGAGGAGAUGAAGGCCAUCACGAAGAGAGCUGAGGCCCCCGAGGAUGUCGCAAGCACUUCAACCGAUGAGUGCGCCGGCGCUGGUGCGGAGUGCAAGAAGGUGGUGGACUUCCUCGGUGACAAGCUGCCCGUGGAAAAGGACGAGAAGCUGCAAUUCCUUUGUGCGCCCGCGGCACUGGACUGCCUCAGCGCCAACAUGGACAAAUGCCGAGCCGUUCACGAGCAGCUCAGUGCGCUGCAGCAUCGCUGGCAGUGUGAAGCCGUGAAGUGCUCCAAGUCAGGCCCUGACUGCAGCAUGACAGUUCUGUACCUCGAGAUGGACGAUCAUCAGCUGUCCGAAGACCAGAGGAAUCGCAAGACCCGGUUCCUUUGUGCCUUGGUCGUGGCGUCUUUGCCUUCGGAACCCCUUACGCCGAGCCGCUCCUAGAGGAUGAUCAGCGCUCAAGGGUUUCCUUUGCGUUUCUUUGGUUUUCUUUGGUUUUCUUUGGCUUUGCUUUGGUUUCCUCUGGCUUUGCUUUGGUUUUCUUUGGUUUCUUUUGGUUUUCGCUGGCUUUGCUUUGGUUUCCUCUG